CCUGUUGUUUGUUUCGUCUAGCAUAUCGCACUAUCGAUUUUCCAGCCAGUAAGAGCCGGUGCCGCAUCGACGUUGCUGCAUUCGCCGGCUAAUUUCUUAAAUCACUGUAAUUUAGUGUUUUUUAUGUAAAUUAGAGUGCUUGGAGGAACUUUUUGUAAAUAAGUGAACUUAGAAAGUGGUGAAUCUAUAAUGGUGUGCUUGAUUGUUUAGCAUAGUGUUUUAUAAUAAUUGUGUUAUUCUUGGUAAACUAUUUGUAUAAAUUAGUCAGCUGCUAGUUUUCAUUAGUAAUUUCCCUUUAAUACUGGAAGCUUAUUAAAGGAGAGCAACAAUAAAGAAAAUGCCGCACCAAAGCCAGGCGGAAAAGUGAGGGAAGAAAGAGUAGAGCAGAAUGAGCAGGACAAGAAGGAGGGAGAGAGAGAGACUGAAGAAAUUCCGCCCGACCUAGAUAGAUAUAUACGGCGUUACCUGGGCCUCCCCGUAAUGCUAAAAGCGGGCGAAUACUCCCCCAACAACCCCCUCAUACGGGGCGAGAGGCCGUCCGGCGACGCGUUACUGGGACUCGGGGAGUAUGAACGAAGAAGGAACACCCUUAGGAAGCUGCGGCAGCAGCAGUAUAGGGAAUAUCUCGAUCAGCAAGCGAAGAAAAAACAAGAAGAAAAGGAACAAGCCGAGCGAGAGAGAAGAGAGCGCGAGCAACGGGAGAGGGAGAGAGAAGAACGCGAACGAGAGAGGGAGAUAGAACGACUAGAGCGGGACAGAGUCAGUCCGGAGCGGCCCCGAGCGUUUGUCAAUACUGUGUUUAGUGCUACGCAGACUUUUACUAGUAAAGUAGACACCGGUGUGCAGACCAACACCGCCGGCAGACCUCUCUCGGUGGCCGUACAGACGGACGACGCUGAAUUCUACAGGCUGUCGUCGCCGUCGACCUGUCCGCUGACGCAGGCGGAGCGCGAGCUGUCGCCGCGCACGGUGGCGCCCGAGCGGCGCAGCCUGCCCGACCUGGAGCAGCCGGGCCGGGCCGAGCGGGGCGCGGGCGCGGCGCGCUACAAGCCGUCGUUCUUCGACGCGGACGCCGUGCAGCAGCGGAACGCCGUGGCCGAGAAGGAAGCCGCGGCUAAACGUCAGUACUAUCAGCAAGAGCUCAAGAACCAGAUACUUGAGCAGCAGCGUAUUCGGGAGGAGAGGAAGGCGAGAGAAAAGCUGCUGGAGGCGGCGGAGAUGCGGCGGCUGGAGGAGCAGCUCCGCGUGCUGCGCGGCGCGCACGAGCUGGAGCUCGGCCGGCACGCCGCGCAGCAGGUCCAGGUACUGUGUCGCAGGCUGCUGGAGGCGGCGGAGAUGCGGCGGCUGGAGGAGCAGCUCCGCGUGCUGCGCGGCGCGCACGAGCUGGAGCUCGGCCGGCACGCCGCGCAGCAGGUCCAGGUACUGUGUCGCAGGCUGCUGGAGGCGGCGGAGAUGCGGCGGCUGGAGGAGCAGCUCCGCGUGCUGCGCGGCGCGCACGAGCUGGAGCUCGGCCGGCACGCCGCGCAGCAGGUCCAGGUACUGUGUCGCAGGCUGCUGGAGGCGGCGGAGAUGCGGCGGCUGGAGGAGCAGCUCCGCGUGCUGCGCGGCGCGCACGAGCUGGAGCUCGGCCGGCACGCCGCGCAGCAGGUCCAGGUACUGUGUCGCAGGCUGCUGGAGGCGGCGGAGAUGCGGCGGCUGGAGGAGCAGCUCCGCGUGCUGCGCGGCGCGCACGAGCUGGAGCUCGGCCGGCACGCCGCGCAGCAGGUCCAGGUACUGUGUCGCAGGCUGCUGGAGGCGGCGGAGAUGCGGCGGCUGGAGGAGCAGCUCCGCGUGCUGCGCGGCGCGCACGAGCUGGAGCUCGGCCGGCACGCCGCGCAGCAGGUCCAGGUACUGUGUCGCAGGCUGCUGGAGGCGGCGGAGAUGCGGCGGCUGGAGGAGCAGCUCCGCGUGCUGCGCGGCGCGCACGAGCUGGAGCUCGGCCGGCACGCCGCGCAGCAGGUCCAGGUACUGUGUCGCAGGCUGCUGGAGGCGGCGGAGAUGCGGCGGCUGGAGGAGCAGCUCCGCGUGCUGCGCGGCGCGCACGAGCUGGAGCUCGGCCGGCACGCCGCGCAGCAGGUCCAGGUACUGUGUCGCAGGCUGCUGGAGGCGGCGGAGAUGCGGCGGCUGGAGGAGCAGCUCCGCGUGCUGCGCGGCGCGCACGAGCUGGAGCUCGGCCGGCACGCCGCGCAGCAGGUCCAGGUACUGUGUCGCAGGCUGCUGGAGGCGGCGGAGAUGCGGCGGCUGGAGGAGCAGCUCCGCGUGCUGCGCGGCGCGCACGAGCUGGAGCUCGGCCGGCACGCCGCGCAGCAGGUCCAGGUACUGUGUCGCAGGCUGCUGGAGGCGGCGGAGAUGCGGCGGCUGGAGGAGCAGCUCCGCGUGCUGCGCGGCGCGCACGAGCUGGAGCUCGGCCGGCACGCCGCGCAGCAGGUCCAGGUACUGUGUCGCAGGCUGCUGGAGGCGGCGGAGAUGCGGCGGCUGGAGGAGCAGCUCCGCGUGCUGCGCGGCGCGCACGAGCUGGAGCUCGGCCGGCACGCCGCGCAGCAGGUCCAGGUACUGUGUCGCAGGCUGCUGGAGGCGGCGGAGAUGCGGCGGCUGGAGGAGCAGCUCCGCGUGCUGCGCGGCGCGCACGAGCUGGAGCUCGGCCGGCACGCCGCGCAGCAGGUCCAGGUACUGUGUCGCAGGCUGCUGGAGGCGGCGGAGAUGCGGCGGCUGGAGGAGCAGCUCCGCGUGCUGCGCGGCGCGCACGAGCUGGAGCUCGGCCGGCACGCCGCGCAGCAGGUCCAGAUGAAAGAAAACGCAACAGACUACGAAAAGAAGCGAACGGCGCUACAAAAAGAAAUAGAUUUAGAGCAACAAACUCUAUUCCGCGCCCGCACACACACGCACACCUCCCACAGCGACGGCCUGCCUUCCAAACUACCCUCCAAGAUACCCUUCUACUGCCCCUCGGUCCACAAGGCCAAGGAGAAAAAACACUUCUCAACCAACAUCCCGGACAACUCUAUCUUCUCACCAAACUACGAUGUCGAUAGCUAUCUACGAAAAAACCUCAACCCAUCCAAAGAAAUGCUCAGCUCUCGCCUGGACACAGCUAGCUCCGAAUGCCUCGCUUCCAAAUACCUCGGUAGGUAUGACAGGGACUCUAGGUUAACAGAUAAAAACAGUGAUAAAGAUGAUAGUAGGUUAAGUAAAGGUAAGGUAGUAGUAGAAGCGCUAGUCCACGACCGUCCGAAAUACGCGCCUAAGGAAAACGAUAAUCCUAUACCAGUGUUAAGGCAUUCGCCGGUCAACGUGAAGAGUGUGCAGAAAAACACGGACUUAAGCGAAGCGAUGCAAGUUGUAGACGAUAAGUGGAAAGUGCCUGUAGUUCAGAAGAACAUCUUGAAGAGUUUGCCAAAUGAGGAGGGUAAGAGUGUGAGUAUUCUCACGCAGCUGGGGUCCAUUAGGAGGCAGCUGCAGCUGGAGCAGCUAAAGUUGGAUAAAAUGCUGACGAAAGACAGCGCUUGAGGUGCUAAGUUAUGUCUAUCAAGUGUAGUUUUUACUGGGUCCUCUGAAAAUAUGUCUGCGUCGAAUAAAUACUCUGAUUCUGAUUUUAGGAUCAUGAUCCUGAACGUCAAAAAUUAGUGAAGAUAGACAUACUUACUAAAUAAGUUUCCCCAUGGGACUAACCACAAAAUCGCGGAAUCAUCUAAUGGACACCUUUGAGGGCUCGAAAUAGACGAAUGGAAAGGGCUAAGGACGUCACCAUCCGCCGUCCGAUGGAGAGGAAGGGAAGGGGCAUAUGCUUACAUUUAGUUACAAUUUUUUUUCUCUGGGAGGGGCAGCUGCCCCCUGUGACCCCCCUGGCGACGCUGUUGGAAUGGGCCCAGGGGUUUUUCACAAUUUCCAUAUCUGUCCCAUGGGAAACCUUGCUCACCAUUUUAAUACAAUUUUAACAGCGAUCAUGACCCCAAAACCCAUGUGAUUAUAAGAAGCAAACCCUGUGGUUUGCUGACACUGAGAAGCUGUACCUAAAUUAGAAAAUAUAAUCAUGUUACCUGCAUGUCUAACAUGUUUUACUAAACAUAGCUUCUGGUUGCAAUGGCUUGUAAAAAUCAAUAAUAGAAUACCUAUAUUAAUCUCAUUAACGUCUCCUAUCAAUGAAUAUAUAAUUUAUUCUAUAAGUUCUGGAUUUUAAAAGCUCUCCCAGGCUAUGUUCUACUAGAUCUCAAUUAUUAUUGAACACGUUUAGAUACCAUUCAAUAUUACUCUAACGAAACCAAGAGAGAUUUAAUUUUGUGGUAUCUCAGCACACAUUAGAUAUAAAAUAGAAUUUAAAUUAUUUGUAUUUUAAUUGAAAACGAUGUCUGAUAAUAAUUAAUGAACACGUGUCCGUAGAUUACUAAUGUGUAUUUAGUUCAAAUGGUUAAUUUUAUAAGUUUACUAGAACAAUAUACAUAUUUAAAUAUGAAUUAAAUAAUGCCAAAGUUAACUAUCUGAAUGUCAAUUAUUGUUUGUAUUAAGUUUUUGCAUGUCUUAUUCCUGUGAAGUGUUAAGUAUUAGUCAAUAAGCAUAAUUU